AUGUCUGAUUAUGAUUCAGGCGAUGAACUAUUAGAGAGUAUCGAUGCGGAUGCUCUCGUCACCGGAACGAAGCGUUCGCGUUCUCCGGAUGACGAUCAUUCAACGCGCGAGACCAAGCUUGCCAAGCGUUCCGAAGUACAAGAUCUACGAAGUGAAGGCAGCGGUGAUGAUUUCCUCGGAGACCUUUCUAGGAACAUCUUGAAGGAGACCUUCGGUUUCGACGAUUUCCGUCACGAACAAUUCUCCGCUAUCAAAAGCAUCCUGCGAGGCGAGAAUGUGUUAGUUGUCUUUCCCACCGGAGCCGGGAAGUCCCUAUGUUAUCAAAUUCCCGCAAUUGCCUUUGAGAAGAUAGAUGCUGCGAAAAACGACAGAGAUGACAUAGGAUCAGGCAUCACUAUUGUCGUGUCGCCGCUGAUUGCUCUGAUGAAAGACCAGGUAGACGCCCUAUUACGUAGAGGCAUUACCGCUGCUUGCCUGGACUCUACCAAGACCCACGAGCAAAACCAGCUGAUCAAGGCCGACAUCAGAGAAGGCCGGCUGAGAAUGCUCUACUGCGCGCCCGAGAGACUGAACAAUGAGGGCUUCGUCGAAAGUAUGAAGCAUGUCCCCGGAGGCAUUCGGCUAGUGGCCGUCGACGAAGCUCAUUGCAUCUCCGAAUGGGGACACUCCUUUCGCCCUGAUUACCUUAAGGUCGCCCGCUUCGUCGACGAGAUCAAGGCCGAAAGAGUUAUCUGUCUUACCGCUACGGCCACUCCCCGCGUCGCUGACGAUGUUGCAAAGGCUUUCAAGAUCAAGAAGCCCAACAUAUUUCGCACCUCUCCCUAUAGGCCCAAUUUACACUUACUAGCUGAAUCGGUAAAAACGAAGCAGGAUAAGUAUCCCAAGAUGUUCCAAUUUCUAAGACAACAUCCCGGCCCUACUCUCGUUUAUGUGACUCUUCAGAAACAGGCCGAGAUGCUUGCAGACGAUCUCAAGGACCAAGGUUUUGAUGCGGUGGCAUUUCAUGCCGGGCUUAAGACAGAAGUCAAGACCCUUAUUCAAGACAAUUUCAUGGCUAAUAAAGUAACCAUUGUCGUAGCAACAAUUGCGUUCGGCAUGGGGAUCGACAAGCCAGACAUACGAAAUAUUCUCCAUUUCGACCUGUCCGGCACAAUAGAAGAAUAUUCGCAACAGAUUGGACGUGCGGGUCGAGAUGGAAAGACUAGCCAUUGCAUGUUUUACAUCUGCCCAGAUGAUUUCUAUAUCCGUGAGAACUUUGCGCGAGGCGACCUACCGUCACGACAAUCGCUCCGUCGGCUAUUGCACGACCUAUUCCAUAUGAACACUAACCAGACACCAGAGGGUGAAGUCAUCAAACUCAACCAGACAGCUCUAGGCCGAGACUAUGACAUGCGUGCAAGCCCCUUGGCCAUUUUACUCGCCACAUUGGAACUGCGCUUCGGGCUGCUCAGAGCUAUCACCCCCGAGUAUGGUUCGUAUCAGUUCGAAGCGAUGCCUACCUACUAUCACGUUGCCCAGAAUGACAAGUCCGAGGAGGGCAAGGCCAUCUUUAAACACGCCAGAAAGGCCACGAAGUGGUACAAUUUCGAUAUGAAUUACGUCGUGUCGGUUACCGGACUCCUACGAGCGGACCUAGUACGGAAGCUCAAUGACUAUCAUGAUAGAGGCAUCAUCAUGUUGAAAGUAGGCGGCGUCGAGAAUCGUUACAAGGUCCUCAAGAAACUCCCUAGCGAACCGCAAGAAAUUGACGAGAUGACCGACAAGCUCUUCGCCGACAUGGAAUCACGCGAGGAGGAUGCAUUGCAACGCACGCAGCAGGUCGUCGACCUGAUCACCGGCGAUAAGUGUUUCGCUCUAGCCCUAGCUGAGCAUUUCGGCAUGGGUCUGCCGGACGAGAAGACCAAAUGCGGUCACUGCACUCACUGCCUCUCAAGAAAACGCAUCGUGAUGUCGCCUCGGCCGAAUCUACCUGCUGACAUGGAUACCAUCCGAAAAGUUCUAGCUGUCUGCCGCGUGCGGGACGAUCCUAGGUUCCUAACGCGUGUCGCCUUUGGCAUCAAAAGUCCCCGGGUUCUUCAGUUGAAGCUCCAUUAUCAAAAGAUAUUCGGAUCGCUAGUUGAACACGAUUUCAAGUCAUUGCUGAGAGAAUUCACCAAGGCGUGCGAGGAAGCAAAUGAGUUGGAAGCGAAACAAUGA